AGAAGUUGCAGUGUUCGGGUGAAAGCACAAAAGUGAUUCCGACUGCGGUAUUUGUCGUCGGAAUGAUUUAUUUGAAUUAAUUUGACAUGGGUCUCACCCUUUUCAUUUCAUGAUGCAGACAUUUUAAGCUGCCAUUGACUGCACGAAGACAGUGGCAAGAAAGUCUGGCCGGGUUCAUGAGACCGAAUGCAUUCUGGAAUAAGAUGGUUUCGCAUUCUGGAAGUUCGUGCUCCUGCAUAAUUGCCUAAUAGAGAAGGGAGGCAGAACGCAUUAAAAAGAAUUUCUCGUGAACUGGGAAGAAGAAGAAGACUUGGAGUGAAGUUUGUUAUCACAACGAUCACUAUCAUUGACUGAUAGUUUCUUGGGGUUUCUUCAUUUUCUGUAGUGAGAGGAAAGAAAGUAUCUUUUAGUUGCUCUGCGUUCUCCAAGCACAUUUGCUCGGAAAAGGGAAGAAAACACCGUCUGCAUGAAUGGCCGGAAAGGGUGCUUGUCCUCCGGCGAGGAAAGCCGGAGUCUGCGUGGACGGAAAACGCUCUGCUUCGAAGCCUCCGUCUAAUAACUUGCCCUGCAUUUCAGCCAUUGCCGAGCGACUAGCUUCGCUCGACAGCUCCCAGCCCUUAAACGACGGCGUAGAGUUCCGCCAGCUAUGCAUCCUCCUUUCAAGGGGAAUUGAUAAUUCCAUUGCCAGCCAGGAGAUUCCCCCUGAUGCUUCAGUUUUACCUCCACUGUUGAAGCAGGUCCCUUGCUUAUAUAUUUUUGGUCACUUAUGGUCCUUCCGACUCCUUAUCCUGUCAAUUUCCAUACAACUUCCGGUAGACUUUCACCGUAUAAGUCAUGGAAAGGACCAAGGUUGGCAAGAUAGUCAGUCAUGCACCAAAAGUGGGAAGAAUGUGUGUAGGCGCAACAAUGAUCUACCUGCUCUAGCAGCUGUUAUGGCCCUAAUGUUUUCUGUUAAAAGUGCUUGCAGUACUGGGUGGUUUUUGGACAAAGAUUCUGAAGAGCUUCACCAUCUGGCAAAUGAGAUGUAUAGUGGCUUCUGCAGUACAACAAAUUUCAGAAGCGAACCUAGCAGUUGCUUGCCCGCUAUCUCAACAAUUAUGUCAAGAUUCUUUCCCCAAUUGAGGAUGGGUCACAUACUCGCCUUUCUUGAAAUAAAGCCUGGAUUUGGUGCAUAUAUAUAUGACUUCUUUGUGUCACGGGACAUGCGGUCAUCUCCAGAAGCAGUUAUAAGAUUACUUGCUGCCCAAAUAGACAAUAUGGAGACAUCGUCAUGUCUCAUAACGCCUCCUAACGUGAAUUUUCUCAUCAAUGGGAAAGGGAUAAAAAACCGAUCCGAUCAGUCAAUCGAUACUGGACCUCAAAUUCCAACAGCUGUGGCAGAUAUGCUUGUGAUUGGAGUAAACCUUCUUCAAGCUGUGGGCCAGUUUAAUGGAAGUUAUAUAAUUGCCAUUGCCUCUAUGACUAUGGCGGAGACCCCAAAUACCAUCACUCUUCCAGAUUAUGUGCAAACGCUAUCUGCCUCAGUUGAUUCAGAUUCUGAGAUGAUUGAAGGGCCAUCGAGAAUCUCAUUGAAUUGUCCCAUAAGCUUCACGCGCAUUAAGAUUCCUGUUAAAGGCCAGUCAUGCAAACAUCUCCAGUGUUUUGAUUAUGACAAUUAUCUUGACAUCAAUUCAAGAAGACCAUUGUGGCGCUGUCCCCAUUGCAACCAACAUGCCUGCUUUCCUGAUAUCCGUAUUGAUCAAGUUAUGGCCAAGGUUUUGGAACAAGCUGGAGAAUACAUCAAUGACGUGAUAAUCUCUGUAGAUGGUUCGUGGAAGGCUAUCAUAGAAACUGAUGAUGACCAUCAACAAAGGCCACCCAAUAAAACCGAUGAUUUUGCAAAGGAUGAAACAUUGCAGUCAGAUUUCAGGGAAGUUAAUUUGAAGCGGGAAACGAUUGAAGAUCUUAUAGCUUCUGCAGAAAACUGCCAAAAGCCUGAUACUAUCAAUCUGGAUCAGGCUGAGCACUCUUUUAAUAUGGGGGAUUUCUGGUCAAGAGUUCUUCACUCAACAUAUGCUUUAGAGACAAGUAGUUCUACAAGCAAUGAGCAGAUGGGUAGUAAUCCUCAGCGCACUCCGACAAAUUUGACUAAUGAUCUUGUUCCAGCCUAUGAAGCAUCAUCCUCCAAAACAAUGCAGUCACAACGGAUCCCAUUUGAAAAUUCAGUUGCCAACAACGAAUAUGGAAGGUCCCCAUCAAUAACUAGAUAUGCUGUAAGCAGAACACCAAUUGCAGUUCAGGCCCUUCCUGCCCAGACCCGCUCUCCUUUGCGGCCACCUGUAAAUACCAUGAACUCUCUUCAUUCCUUCCCCUCAGGAACUUCUCGGCACUCUCCUUCCAUACCAUUAUUAAGAUCAACAGGCAUGACGCCGCCUGGUUAUUCUUUUUCUGGUACUCCAUACGCAGCUCAGCAGCAGUUUGUUGACCUACAAUGUCAAAAUCAAGUACCUGUUCCUUUCAGAGCACCCUCAGGUUUCACAGGUGAACCAACAAGCACUACUCAGCAUCGAACACCGAACAUGCAGCCACUUAAUGCCACAAGUCAAUCUCAAGGAAUUACACAUAGUUGUGUACAACAGGCAAGACGAGACGUUCACAGCCAACAUAAUCAGGCGACAGAGGCUGCCAUGCGGAUCUCCCAGGUGGCAAAGCCUGUUCAGCUGUCUACAGCUCCACCACAUCCUCGUCCAAAUGUACCUAGGGAGUCAUUGGCAAGCACUGAAAUGGUUGGAAAUAUUGGAGGACACUUGCCACUGCAUUCACAGUCAGACCAAAACUGGCGCCCCUCAGGCCGUAUGCGUGGAAGCCUAUUGGGAGAAGCAUACAAUGAUGCUCUCAACCAUUACAUGGUUCUGCCAACACAGCAAGCUCAAGCUAGCAGAUCCACCAGUGCAAUCUCACCGCAAUUGCAGACCAUACUUGCAAAGAGAGUCACUUCCACUCCUAUAGCAGAUCAGCCUGCACCAGCUACUACAUCUCAUGCCUCAUCUUCUUUGCCAUAGUGCAAGGUAGUGUAAGCGUGAGACAAUGCUACUAGGGAGGUAAACACCCAAAGUUUACUAUAAGGGAGGGGUUAAGAGCAAUUCUGGGUGAAUCGGUGAUUUGAAUUUUGAGUCAAUGCUACUCGUUAGUUAUUAGAAGUCCCAAAUUACCCAGCACAAGGCUAUUAGGGGGUUAUGCUCUCACCAUUUUGUUUAAACUCCCUCACCUCCACCUUAAAUCUCUCAAAUAUAGUUUGUAUAUUCUGCAACAUAUUUUCAGGUCCAUAU